AUGGAUCAGUCCGACGAGCUCAUACGUAAGAUAUUGGACGAAAAAUCAUUAGAAGCACUCGGGACUCUGAAGCACAUAAAUAAAGAGAAGGGAGAAGCAUUGCAGAAUGCACUCGUGCAGCAUUUCUAUGUCACAAGAAAACUUAUAUCCUACAACGAGUACAUUGAAAUUGCAAGGAAGACUGAGGAGAAAAACUCGAAGCCUUGUGUUAACUUUAAGAGAAGAGGAAACUUUUUCGAGCUGGACGAUAUAUAA